CUUCAGUCUAGCGUCUCCUCUCCCAUUGAAUAAACAACGAGUUUUCUCUGUGGACGCCUGACGUCAGAGGUUGAUCACCUGCUCCUGCCACCUCGCUGCUCUCUGCUAUAUCUCGGACACUGCUUGCAGUGUGUACCUAACCUUUACUGACCUCUCUCUCUGUAAUUGCGCCGCGCAAGAUGGCUUGGAGAUGCACAGGAAACACAAGCGCAGAACUUAUCGCUAACCUGGCGAAGCAUGGUAUCAUCAAGUCCGAGGUCGUGACUAAUGCCAUGGCUAAAGUCGAUCGCGCUCAUUACGUUUUGGACAAAGCGAAUGCAUACGAAGACUCUCCUCAAUACAUAGGAUAUGAUGCCACCAUCUCAGCUCCUCAUAUGCAUGCCCAUGCCCUUCAAUAUCUGCUUCCCUAUAUCAAGCCAGGGAGCCGCGUGCUCGACGUAGGGUCUGGCUCCGGAUACCUUGUAGCAGUUCUCUAUCAUCUGGUUUCCAGCUCGUCCGGCACUUCGGGGAAGGUGGUCGGUAUCGAACACAUCCCAGAGCUAGUGAAAUUCUCGGUGGACAACUUGAAGAAAGACGGCUUGGGAGGCGCUUUAGACGAUGGUCGUGUCGAGAUAGUCGAGGGUGACGGCAGAAAAGGAUACGCGCCGGCUGCUCUGUACGACGUAAUUCAUGUUGGUGCAGCUGCGCCUGUCCUACCGGAUGCUCUUGUGAACCAACUUGCGAGCCCUGGACGAAUGUUUAUUCCCGUCGGUACCGGCUCACAAGCUAUCUGGCAAGUCGACAAGGACGAGAAUGGCGACGUCACGAAGACGCCGCUCUUUGACGUUAUGUACGUUCCACUUACGGAUAGGAAGCCGAAGCCAAUAUUUUGAGAGGCUCGGCCUGUUCUGCGCUGUACAGUAGUGGAGUAUCUUCUGCGCCAAUAGCACACUGCCUUGUGCCAGUUGAAAGG